AUGGUCUGUCACUCGUUUUUCCAACUUGUGAUUCUUGUCACUCUUUUUCUGCAGGUGCGGUCCAGCCCCUUUCCCCUUCAGAAAAGAGGCGCUUGUGCUACUGAAGACCCCAGUGCAAGUUUCUUGCAUGAAGUAAGCCGCUUCAGGUCGGGUGAAGCCAAUCUUGCUAGUUCGCAGCCCAGACAGGCCCCGAUCGAGAUUGAGACCUGGUUCCAUAUUAUCAGCAGCAAGUCGGAGUCCACCCAGGUCACCGAUGAUAUGAUCAAUUCUCAAUUUUCUAUUCUACAACAGUCUUAUGCAGAUUCUGGCAUCUCCUAUCGACUGCAAGGUGUGACUCGUCAUAUCAAUGAUCAGUGGGCGAGUAACGCAGAUGAUGUGGCAAUGAAAACGACCCUUCGUAAAGGAAGCUACCGAACAUUGAACGUUUACUUCCAAACCAAUCUCCAGGCCUCCCCUGGACAAACAGGGCGCGCUUUUGGGCACAGGGGCGCAGUCACCAACAAUGACCAAGCAUCAAGCGUUCUUGGAUUCUGCACCUUGCCUGAUCCGAAUGUCAAUGCUAGUAGCCCAGCUUCUCACUAUGUCAAAGAUGGCUGCAAUGUUUUGGCCAAAACAAUGCCCGGUGGCUCCUUGGAUCUCUAUAAUCGAGGCGGAACUGCCAUUCACGAGAUUGGACAUUGGAAUGGCCUUUUACACACAUUCCAAGGGGAAUCUUGCUCGGCAGACAAUCCGGGGGACUACAUCAGUGACACGCCACAGCAGUCCACCCCGACAGAGGGCUGUCCUGCUCAAAAAGAUUCGUGUCCGGACCUCCCCGGACUGGAUGCAGUCCAUGACUUCAUGGAUUAUUCAUCUGAUGUAUGCUAUGAGCGCUUCACACCCGGACAAGGAGAGCGCAUGCGAAGCAUGUGGAUAUCCAUGCGCGAAGGGAAAUAG